AUAAAACAACUGAAAGUGCAUUUAAAUUCUUAUUUAGACAGCUAUAGAGUACUUAAUAUAAAAUUGCUAAUAAGGUAGCGCUUAUGAAAACAGAGGAAUAUCAAUUAAGUGGAGCUCAGGCGUUUUUCAAGAAAAGCCUUGAAAGUCCAAUGCCCCAAUCAUAUUGCCCAAAGGAUGUUGAGUCUGAUUGGGACAAUCUAUGGUGCAGUUGCGGCUUCUUCUCUCCAAAUUUCGAACGUGCUAAGACGUUAAGUCAAGAGGAGAAAUUCGUAAUGGCAUUACCUCCUCCUAAUGUCACAGGAUGUCUACACAUAGGUCAUACAUUAACUUCAGCUAUUCAAGAUAGCCUUUGUAGAUAUCAUAGAAUGUGUGAUAAGGAGGUUUUGUGGAUCCCAGGGACAGAUCAUGCUGGUAUUGCAACACAGACUGUUGUUGAGAGGAUUCUGCUUAAAAGUGAAAACAAAUCUCGCCAUGACUAUGGCCGAGAUGAAUUUCUGACUAGAGUUUGGGAUUGGAAGAAGAAAUAUGGAGCUAAUAUUUGCACUCAGUUACGUAGAUUGGGAUGCUCUUUUGAUUGGACACGUGAGAUGUUUACAAUGGAUGAAUAUAUGUCAAAGGCAGUCUCACAAGCUUUUAUUAAUUUAUUUAAUCAGGGCUAUAUAUACCGUGGUACAAGAUUAGUUUCUUGGUGUUCUUACUUACGUACAGCUCUAUCUGAUAUUGAAGUAGAAGUGAUAGAGGUUCAGAAACCAACGAGACUUCGUAUUCCUGGCUAUGACAAAACUGUUGAAGUAGGGAUUUUGUGGUACUUUUCCUAUCCACUCCAGCAAAAAGGGCAACAAUACUCUUGGCACUUUGAACCUGAAAACCUCUCAAAAAUACCCAAAAUAACUGUUGCUACUACACGACUUGAAACUAUGCUUGGAGAUGUAGCAGUUGCGGUCCAUCCAAAUGAUGAGAGAUAUAAGGAUCUUGUUGGAAAUAUAUGCUUACAUCCCUUUUUACCAGAAAGGAAGAUUAGGAUUAUUACAGAUGAAUAUGUAGAUCCAGAAUUUGGAACAGGAUGUGUAAAGAUAACUCCAGCUCAUGACAAAAAUGACUUUGAUGUGGCAACACGUUAUAAUAACAAAUAUAAAGAUGAUCCAUCAAUGGAGCAGUUAGAAUUCAUUUCAAUUUUUACUUUAGAUGGGAAGAUGUCUAAUAAUUGUGCAUCAUUUUCAGGAAUUCACCGAUUUUCUUGUAGAGAAUUAUGUGAAAAAGAGCUUAGCAGAUUGAAUUUGUUAGUUGACAAGACUCCAAAUACAAAAAGUAUGCAGCUACCAAUUUGUUCACGUUCAGAUGAUAUAGUUGAACUGAUUAUGAUUCCACAAUGGUGGAUGAAUUGUAAACCUUUUGCUGAAAUGGCCUGCCAAGCUGUUAGGAAUAAAGAAUUGGUUAUUGAGCCUAAAUUUCAUGAACAGACAUGGUUUCAUUGGCUUGAAAAUAUUCAGGACUGGUGUAUCUCGAGGCAACUUUGGUGGGGGCAUCGUAUACCAGCCUAUAGGGUUUGUAUGGAAAAUAUAAAUGCGGAGAAGAAACCUCAAGAUAUUUGGGUUGCAGCAGACAGUGAAGAAGAGGCUAUAAAGGAGGUUAUAAAUAAAUUUCAGCUUAAGUUAGGAGAGUUUACAGUUGAAAGAGAUACCGAUGUCUUAGAUACUUGGUUCUCUUCAGGACUUAUACCUUUUUCAUCACUUGGAUGGCCCUAUAAAUUAAACCCAAGGACCGGAAAAGAUGAUCUAUCUACUUUUUUCCCUACAACUCUUUUAGAGACGGGAUCAGAUAUUCUCUUUUUUUGGGUUGCAAGAAUGGUUAUGUUAAGUUAUGCUUGUACUGGGAAACUCCCAUUCAAAACCGUCUACCUACACGCAAUGGUUCGAGAUGCCCAAGGACGUAAAAUGUCUAAGUCACUAGGAAAUGUAAUAGACCCUCUAGAAGUUAUUGAAGGUAUUUCUUUAGAAGAUUUAAAUAGUAAAGUGAAAAAAGGUAAUUUACCUACUUCAGAAAUAAAAAGGUCAAUAGAAAGUAACUCCAAAGACUUCCCAACUGGAAUACCUGAAUGCGGAGCAGAUGCACUCAGAUAUGGUUUGCUUGCUUACACAAAGCAGGGAAGAAAUAUUAAUCUUGAUAUUAAACGUGUUGUAGCUUAUAGACACUUUUGUAAUAAAUUGUGGAAUGCUUGUAAAUUUGCUUUUGGAAAUAUUGAAAAAUUGAAGGUUUACUCUGAAUCCACAAAAUUUCAAGCCUUGUCCUUGAACAAUAUAUUAGAAAAUUACUAUUCGUAUUUAAUGUGGGAAGAUUUCUUUAUAAUACAUAGAUUGAAUGAAUGUAUUACAAAAGUAUCAGCUUCCUUUAAAGAGUAUUUAUUUGCUGAAGUUGUCGCAGCUACUUACAAUUUCUGGCUAUAUGAAUUGUGUGAUAUAUAUCUUGAACUAACGAAGUUGAGAUUUAAGGAACUGAAUAAUUCUAAAUCUGCCUUUGUUGCGGCUCAAGUUCUUUGUACUUGCAUUGAUUUUGGUUUGCGACUUUUACAUCCAAUGAUACCAUUUGUCACCGAAGAGCUUUACCAAAGACUUUAUCAACUUGUUAGUAGUCCGGAAAGAUUCUUAUCAAUUUCUAUUGCUAAAUUCCCAACUACUUUGAAACAUUCACAACUUAACUACAAGAAAGAUCUAGAAUACAAGAUAAUGAUGCGUAUAGUAUCUCAAAUACGAUCAUUAACAUCUAUUAUGGAAAUUCCUAAUAAAGAGAAGCUAUCUAUAACAGUCUAUAUUAUAUACAAAGGACAGGAUUGCGACACUAUUCAGCUAUUAGAAACAGUUGCUGAGUCAUUUAUAACUAAACUUGCAAAUAUUGGUUCAACAGUGACUGUCAUUAACCCUGAUAUAAAGAAAGUUAACGAAUUAAAGUCUCAAUGUCUUUUGGAUAUUGUUGAUGAUAAGAUAGAUAUAUAUCUUACUGUUCCGCAAAAAGUUGAUUUAUCUCAAGCUUUACAGAAAAUUGAUAAACAACUAGCUGUAAAUAAGAAAUCUCUUGAAUCUUAUGAAAUAAAAAAGAAGUCACCAGCUUAUGAUAAAGUUCCAGAGUCUGUGAAGUUACUAAACGAAGAGAAGAUUAAUCAAUUAAUUGCAACAAUUGCAUCGCUUGAAAUUGCAAAGGAAAAUGUUGAAUCUCUUUUAAAGUAG